ACAAUACGUAUUAAAUUACCCCACUCUUACUACGUCGUUUUUUUUAUUUAUGUACUUAAUCGUUUUCGUUGACAUGAUCGUAAUCGUAGGUUUAGCUAUACUUUAUUUUUUUGCCUGAAUAAUUUCGUAGUGUGUUGUGAAAAAGAAUAAUUAAUUUACCGAACGAUCGUUCUCGUUCUCUGCUGCAUUGUUCUUGACGAAAACUGUGAAAAGUUUCGCGUUACAAGUUUCGAUGAAAAUGAUGCUAUACUUUUAAAUCGAUUCGAGCAGCAUUCAACAGAUAGAAAAAAUGGAGAAAAAUUCGACCGAUAUUAAAACGUUUAAUCUUCACAAAAGCCAUACAUUUACAUCGUUUACUCACAGCAGUAGUCAUAAAAUUAGUAGUUGGUUUACGGCUUUGAGCGAACGUCGAAAAAAAAGUGCCAUGAAGACUAAUAAGAAUUUAACCCUUGGUGUAUUGCACGAAAAUCCUGCCUUGAAUAAUCCAGCCACCACCAGUCCUGAGACCGAAGAACCAGCUGAGAUAAAAAUGUCCCCAGUGAAAUUACGAAAUAAAUCUAAAAGGAUAGCCGAAGACAUAAACAAACGGCUUUCGCUACCGACUGAUCUCCAUUUACCAGAGUCUUUCAUAACGAAGCAAUUAGAAAGCCCAGAAUACAUGGGACCACUGAGUCGAGCUUCACGUCGUCAAUCUCUAUCGGAAAUCGGCUUCGGUAGAACCGAGACUUAUAUUAAAUUGCGUAAAUUAGGACAGGGUACAUACGCGACCGUGUACAAAGGUAAAUCACGACUGACCGACAAGCUCGUCGCUUUAAAAGAGAUUAUUCUAGAACACGAAGAAGGAGCUCCAUGUACCGCAAUCAGAGAAGUGUCAUUGUUGAAAGAAUUAAGGCACGCGAAUAUCGUUACCUUGCAUGAUAUUAUACAUACAGAAAAAUCACUUACGCUUGUAUUCGAAUACUUGGAUAGAGAUUUGAAACAAUAUAUGGAUGAAUGCGAGAACGUAUUAAAUUUAUACAAUGUUAAAUUGUUCCUAUUUCAAUUACUGAGAGGAUUAGCCUAUUGCCAUAGAAGACGAAUUUUACAUCGAGAUUUAAAACCGCAAAAUUUACUAAUUAAUGAUAAAGGUGAAUUAAAGCUGGGUGACUUCGGUUUAGCUCGAGCCAAAUCAGUGCCAACGAAUACAUACUCAAAUGAAGUAGUUACAUUAUGGUAUCGACCACCCGAUGUUCUGUUGGGCAGUAGACAGUAUUCAACGCAGAUUGAUAUGUGGGGAGUCGGAUGCAUUUUCUUCGAAAUGGUCAACGGACGACCACUAUUUCCGGGUUCUUCAGUAGAAGAUCAGUUACGAUUAAUAUUUAGCGUAUUAGGAACACCAACGAAAGACUGCUGGCCUCAGCUCGAAAUACCUUCAACGUUUCCAGAAUUCGCUAAAGAAUCGUUAUGGUCGAAAGUUCCUCGAUUAGAUCAAACUGCCAUUGAUUUAUUAGAGAAAUUCUUAUUGUAUGAUGCCAAGAAAAGAACCUCAGCAACUGAUGCAAUGCACCACGAGUAUUUCGAAGAUCUAGGACCAGAAAUGUUUAAAUUAUCAGAUGACGAAUCCAUUUACACCAUACCAAGUAUUCAAUUCAAGGAUUUGCAUAGACGUCGCCGUCGCGGUAAUUUAAAUUUAUUAUUGGAAUAAUCGACGAAUAAUUUCCAAUCAUCAUAAGAAUACCUACAAAUGGAAAAAACGAGAAGAUUUCGGUCCAAAGUAUCAGUUUUAUUCGAAGCUCGUUAAAUUUGGAACCGUUGAUACUUUUCGCCAUAAGGCAUCCUGGUGUAUUUUUAUCUUGUUUUUUUUUGUCGUUCGUGUGUGUGUGCGUGUUUUAUUUUUCGUAAUUGUAUCUUUCAAGAGCUAAGAUCUCGUUUUUAAGUUAUGAUUUAAUAUGUGUAUGUUUGUGCGUUGAUACGUCGCGUUGUGUCAAUUUACAUUAUGCUAUUUAGUACCAUUGUUGUAAUUUUUUUUGUCGAAUGAUCCUCGUGUGAGUAUGAAGGCGUUGCGUACUACGUAUAUGCAUUUUUUUUUUGUAGUUUUAUUCUGUCCUGGAUUGACAAAAAGGUUGGAUGCAAGGUGGGUAUUACGAGUACUAUUUUAGUCGUGUAUUUAUUUUGUCGGAAAAAUUGUGUUCUAUUUUUUUUCUCUCUCUAAAUUAACAUAGUCAAUCGAAAGUCGGUUAUCUAAUUUCGCGGACGCUUUGCUUUUUGCACAAAUCGUAAUUUUUUUUUCUUCAAUACAUUGUGAUAUUUUUGAAACAGAAAAAUUGUGGUCAUUCCGUCCGCAAAACGAAGAGAAACUUUUAAUACGUAUGAAUUACCUUUUGUAGUACCAAGAGAAAGACAGAUGCCAUUAAAAUUUAUGUAAUUUCGCAGCGUACUGGCAAUAAUGGCGAUACGCCUUCGAAUUAAAUUACCAGUAUUAAGCGGACUCGGUUGUAAUGUAAAUUGUAGGGUUUUUUUGUCAAUUGGUAUUUUUUUUUUCGUAUACGCGAGUCAGUUAUUAUUUUAGAUAAUAUCGUGAAUGUAAUUUUUUACGUGUGUAGAUUCGGUAAUACUUUUUUUCUCUUUUCUUUACUUUUUUUUUUUUUGUUCAAAUGUUAAUAUUUCAUUGUAAUAAAUCCAGAGAUAUGUGGUUUAAUAAAGUUAUACGAAUUAUUUGUC